UCGUCAACCUCCCACCGUAAGUAUGGGCAAGUUCGACGCCCUCCGUCGAUUACUCCCUUCUUGCUUCUUCCCCACCUCACAAACCAACGCCGCCACCGCCACAACCACCACCAAGAAACGCCUCAGCACCUCGCUCCGGGAAGAUCUACCCGACUACACUGAACAAGAUAGUCACAAGAAUCAAGACCGAGACUCCCAGGCAUCCUCCACCUCCAAUGAUAGCGUUCCUGCUUCCAUCACCUCCAGUACUACCCCUCUUGCCCAGCCUCGCCCUUCCAGAUCGAUGGUGGUCGGCACCAUUUUCGGGCCCCGCCGCGGCCACGUCUGGUUUUGUGUCCAACAAGAUCGCCUCUCCUCCAGACCAACCGUCCUCCUCGAGCUUUCCAUCUUGACCAAUCAGCUCGUCAAAGAAAUGCGAGGCGGGCUCGUUCGUAUCGCCCUCGAGUGCGACAAGUCCGAGCUAGGGUCGUGCCCGCUCCGCUCGGUUCCCGUCUGGACCAUGCACUGCAACGGCCUCAAGCUCGGGUUCGCGGCCAAGAGAAAGGCAAGCGAGCGGGUCAGAUCGAUGCUGAAGACCAUGCAAUCCACGACGGUGGGAGCAGGAGUCAUACCGGCAGGGUUCGGGUCUUCGGGGUCGGAGGAGAUAAUUUACAUGAGGGCUAAUUAUGAGCAUGUGGUGGGGAACUCGGACUCGGAGUCGUUCCACCUCAUAAACCUGGACGAGUGCAGUACUGGUCAAGAAUUCAGCGUGUUCUUGCUUAGGUCCAGGAAUGGGAAAUUCCUUUGAAUGGAGAAAGAGGUAUUUUCAGUACACAAAACUGGUUAUUUACGUUGUGGUAGGCAUCGUAUGUUCAUCUUGGGAAUAGAAAAUUAGGGUUUUCAGUUUUGGGUAACCCUUGCAAUCAAGGUGCUUGAAAAUUUUUUGUUUUCUUGCACCUGAAUCUGACGUUUUGGAUUCAUUGUUAUUGGAUUUUCUUUUAGGAAGAGCUGGGAAUCAAGGAUCACUAGUUAUGUUAAGAAGAUGAUGAGUUUUCUCGGGUUAAGUCCAAAGGAAUAUUGGUCUUUUGCAGACCAUGAAAUCGCA